AAUGAUUGGGAUAAACAUUAAACUAAGGCGUACUGGUCAUGGUUGUUUCUCAACGUAUGUACCACUGGAAAUGUACACAUGUCUCGGUGGUAUGAUGGAUCUUAUGCACGACCGUCAACACCAGAAACGAAAACUAAAUACAGUGUCAGAUGGUUUACAAGACAAUUAACCUCAGACUCAAAUCCACAAGCUCCCAUUUUCUGCAACUCAGACAGUGGAUCAGGAAGCUGUGGCAAUAUAAAACAUCUAAUAAGAGCUGUCGCUAACGGAGCAGAAAUUCACGUUAACAAGGUAAAUGGUAAACAAGCAGGAGCUCUUGAAUUUUCAAAUAUAGCAUACGAUAAAGCUGAAACGAAAGUAGCUGGAACCCAUUUGUGGCAUGUUAGUCAGUCAAUUGUCGGAAAUCAUAUAUAAUUCCAGCAGAAUUCGUAUUGGUGGUUUAAUCUUUUGUCAACCGAUGGAACACGCGAUAUGUCAAGAUGGUUUGUUGGUGAACAUACUUACCGAGGACAUUCUAAUGACAAAGUAUCGAUGAAAAAGUUUGCUGAUACGUGUUAGACCUUAGUAUAUGAACAUGACAAAGACGGACAAGCCAUCGAUGGUUCCCUGGAGUUCCUACGCGCAGCUAUUUUAGUUGGCAAACGAGUGAGGCUAGUUUACUCAGAUAAUACGUACGGAAUUGAAGCUGACCAGUUAGUGAUAAGAAACGGUCAUGUAACUGCGCAAGUUCUAGGCCACGUAUCGAAAGCAAAUUAACAGAAAUUUCCGAACAACGCAUACUGGUAUUGGCAAAAUGUUGCAACGACCGGAAAUGUAGAAACCAUCCGCUACAAUGUAGGUUCUCACACCGAUCGUGGCAGUUCCAAUGAUAGACAGGCAACAAAGUGGUUUAUUGACUCCAGGCCUUGGGUACACGCGUAUUCCAACUCAGAAACAGGUGUUACUACACAUGGAUCUAAGGCGUCGUUGAUACAAGGAGUUAAAGCUGGAAAGAUGCUCAGAUUCACUAUUAAAUCUGCUGAUCAACCAACCAAUGAUUAUAUUGCUGUCUUUAACGCUGAUAAUGCAGACUUAAGUCCGGAUGGAAAUGAUCUUGGUGCACAGCAUAUUCGGUCAAUUGGGUUGACAAAAGAUGGGUUAUAUAAUGUAGCAUUUGGAUCAAAACCUUUUUGGAAUUUUAUGAUCGCUACGACAGCUGGAAAAUUAGACGAAACACGAUGGACUGUUGGUGAACACCAGAGUCAAGGACACGUCAAUUCCAAUUCCGCUAUUGAUUGGUUUGUUAGUUAAGAUGUACAUGAACUAAUUCUCUGCUUACUUAUACAUUGUAUAAAGGAUUUAGUCAAAUAGUUAUUGCUAAUUGAUGAUUAUUUUCUAUAUCUCACUAUACUAAUAUUAAAACAAACGUUAAAGCUU